CAGUGCGUUCAGUAUAAAACCAGUGAGAUGCCUCGCCCGCGCCGAACUUCUUAAGUGCCGCACAACUAACGCUGGACUGAAAGCGACAUGACGAGGUGAUGAUUUUUACCACUUUCAGCGCGUUUAUAAUUUUUCAAUGCACUUUUAUCGUGAAAAUGUAUCGCAGUAAAUAUUGGUAGAAUAGUUUUUUGGAACAAUUGGUUUUCCUCAGAACUGUUGCAGAAACCAUAAAUGUAAAAUAAUGGAAAGUCACGUCAAAAAGGAUAUUUCAGAGACAACCGAAAAACAUUUAUUCGUUUAAUUUUUGGAAAAUCAACGUGCAUCAAAUGGACACCAAUGACGAUGGAGCGGUGUUUGAUUUUGAGAAGAUGACAAAAAAUGCAACGUUUUAUGUUGGAUAAGCAAUCAGCUUUUGAAGCUAGAUGACAUCUAUCAAGCGCAUCGAGGGAUGGAGCACUCUAGUCACUUAAAGCCAACAUCUGUUGUUUAUGGAGAGUUUUUUAAUAUUUCAACCAACGAUACAAAUCGGACUUUAACGUCGAAAGAAGAGAACGAGUCUAGUUUAGCUUUCCAAGUGGGUUUAGCUGUUACGUUAUCUCUACUAACUUUUGCAACGACUUUAUCAAAUGCGUUUGUUAUUGCCACUAUAUAUAAAUCUAGAAAACUGCACACCCCUGCAAACUUUCUGAUUGCUUCUCUUGCUCUUACAGACCUUCUAGUGUCGAUAUUAGUGAUGCCAAUAAGUGCACUGUACACGGUGUGCCAAUCCUGGACUCUGGGUCAAAUUAUUUGUGAUAUUUGGUUGUCUUCAGACAUAACGUGCUGCACCGCUUCUAUUCUUCACCUGUGUGUGAUUGCUCUGGACCGUUACUGGGCAAUAACAGAUGCUGUUGAAUACUCCAAGAAGCGCACUCCUGCGCGCGCUGCGGGAAUGAUCGCCACAGCCUGGGUUAUUGCGAUCUCAAUAUCUCUUCCGCCCUUCUUCUGGCGUCAGGUCAAAGCUGAGGAGGUAACCAGUUGCAACGUGAACACUGACCAUAUUUUCUAUACAAUUUACUCAACUUUUGGAGCGUUCUAUAUUCCCACAUUGCUACUUAUAGCCCUCUACGGCAGGAUCUAUGUGGAAGCCAGAAAGAGAAUUUUGAAACAGUCGCCUUCCAAACCUGGAAAAAGACUGACCUCAGCACAUUUGAUUACAAACUCGCCAGGUUCAGUUGCAUCGACUUCAUCUCUUAACUACGGAACUAACGACAAUUGCUCUUGUGACACUACAUCCACUGCAAAUCUAAACCAGGUGAAAGUCACCGUGUCUGACGCGCUUCUAGAAAAAAAGAGGAUAUCUGCAGCCAGAGAGAGAAAAGCUACAAAAACUUUAGGAAUAAUUCUCGGUGCCUACAUCAUAUGUUGGCUCCCGUUUUUCAUUUACACUUUAUUAGUUCCUGUUUGUGAUUCAUGUUUUCAUCCAGAAUUAUUUGACAUAUUCACAUGGCUGGGCUACCUGAACUCUUUAAUUAACCCUAUUAUUUACACCAUGUCAAAUGAAGAUUUCAAAAAAGCUUUCCAUAAACUCAUUCGCUUUAAAUGUUGCAGGUCCUGAAAUUAGUAAUAUCAAAUAGGUAAAAAGAGGUGUAUUCGAUAUAAAAGUUGAUAAACCACUCAAUAUCUAUAAUGUAGAGGAUGCAUGCUUUUUUAUAGUAAAAAAAUACUGUGGUUUUUCUGAAGUAGCCAAUGGUCUUUAAUUAACAUGGUAAUUUGGCAGCACCAGAUUUAUAAGAAUGUAUUCUUGUGUUUCACUGCCAUUAUGUAAAAUGUCCAACAUCCUUGGCCUGUGUCUGUUAUGCUGUUGCAUUUGUUGAUAUGCAAUUAUCCGCCAAAUCUUUUCUCCAAACAAUUGAUCUCAGCCUUUAAUGGUUGAAAUAGUGCGGUAGCUGCAGAUGGUUCGGCAUAACUAACGGAUUCUUAAGGCCAAUCCUCUGAAAAACAGCACAAAUAUUUUCGUGCCUAAGACCUCUUGAUUAAAAAAAAAUCAGAUGUGCCUGCUUUAUAGAGACAAGGAUGACAUUUAGCUAAACAGAUAGAGAUCAUGUGUGAGGACUAACACUCAUAAUUGUCAUGUAAAUAGUCUUUACAUUGUGAGUAAUGUUUACUCAAAUUGGACUCCAUACAAAGCUCAAUGUAUCUGUAUGCAUUGUAAAGUGUAUGUACAGUGUGUGUACAUUAUUUAUGUCAUAUUUGUUAUAUUUUGUUAAGGAGCUUGACCUGUGGAUGCAAUCAAACCAUUGCAACCCCACGGGGCAUCACAGAAUACGGUUUGUAUAAUUACACUAAAUUGUCAAUUGUACCACAGAUUAAACAGAGCCUAUUGUGAAACAAUUCACAUAUCACCACCCACCAUCAUUUUUAAAGCUUUCAAAUUGUCCAUAGAGUACAUUCCAUUAUCGGUCUGCAUGUACUAUCAUGCGAAGAAAGAAUAUAUGCUUAAUAUGAGUCUAUACAAUCGAGAGAAGCCAGUACAAUGCAAUAGAGCUCAACCGCUGCGAGGUACAGUGAAGAGCAAGACAUUAACCAUAAAGUUCAAAGUUAGUUUUAUGAAAAUUUACUAUUAUUAAGUUGUGUAUUCUCUGCUUGUGAAAAAGAAAAGAAAAGUAUGAUCAUUUGGUUUCAUAUGGUACAUUCAGGGUUUACGGUGGGCCCACUGAAUGGGAACGAUGCUUCAUCAAAGGUAGCUUUUGCUGUAUAAUAAAGCUUCUCUGCACAAUGCACUGUAAUUUAUCUGUCUCUGUGGGUUAAAGCCCAACCCCAGUAGAGCACUGAUCACUGCUGCUGUUGUGGAAUACAAUAAAUAAAAGGUCUAUGGAAUAUUGAGGGUAUGGACAUUUUCCUUCAGAAGAAAAGGGGGAUGGAACUGUUACAGUGGAAUGUACAUAUCAAAUGUGACAGUAAUACGUUUCCAAUUAGAGCUGAUGUUUUGAUGGCAGUAAAGGGUAAAUGAAUGUUAUUGAGUUGUGCUGGUAAUAAUGUGUAGCACAAAUAGCUUGCAGUCAGAGAGAGAUAUGCGGUGAGCAUAUCUUAGUCUUUCCUGGAUCAGAUUACAUUGACAUCCUGCAUUAUGUUUAAAAACAAAAUAAAAUAAAAUGUCCCUUGAUGGCACUGUUGCCAUGCAAUAAAAGUUUAAAUGUUAUAUUAUUCUUACACAGACACAUAAUGAAUAUCCUGCUUUCCAUCUGAGAUCGAUGAGGCGCAAAUGUAAGACUACUGUUUCCAUGGUUCCUUGCUGUAUUGCGUGGCAGCUCCACAGUCGCAGUAGUGUCUUUCUGAAGAAGAAGAGAAAAAAGCACAUGGCUGGCAUACAGAUCUAGAGAGAUGGAUGAGAGUGAUGGAUGACAGCGAUGGAUGAGAGCGAUGGAUGAGAGUGAUGUGUGGUGUCACCGUAUCUCAGUGAUGGAGGGACAGAUGGCUGAUCUUCUGCGUCUCUUCUCCAGCUUCAGAGCUGGA